ACACACAGCGGGGACACGGACGUGACAAAUCCACAGACCGCGUGCGUGGACGUGAACAGACAUGAUUUGGAUCAUGCAUGCUGUUCCCUCCGCUGUAAUACUCUGUCAUCAGAAGCUUGUAAACCUGACAUGUUUAUAGCUAGUGAAACAGUAACCUGAGAUCCUAUCCUUUGGGAACAGCAGGAUGUAUCCCAUAGAGUCACGUCUUCUAGGCAACACCAAUGGUGGAGGCAGCCGUUGCAACCCUGCAGCUGUAGCCUGGCUGAUUCCUUUGUGUGUUGGCUUCUCUCUCCCUGUGGCUACAUGCCCUCCCAACUGCAUUUGUGCCAGUGAUAUAAUUUCCUGCAGUGGCCACAAACUGUCCGCACUGCCCUUUGGUCUCCCAAACUAUGCCUCACGCCUCGAUUUGAGCCAUAACGCCAUUACUGUCCUACCAGUCGGAUGGGUUUCCCAGCCAUUUCACCGGCUCGCCACGUUAAUCCUCAGUCAAAACUACAUUGGCGAAAUUGAGGUGGAUGCCUUCGCCAAAAUGCCACAUCUCCUCCACUUGGAUUUAUCGUCAAACCAGCUGAUGGUGUUGAAUUCAUCCAUCUUCCACGGCCUGAAGGAAUUGAAAGAACUGUUGCUGUUUGGCAACCAAAUCUCCCGGAUCAACCCAGGCACCUUUACGGAUCUUUACAGCCUUCAGAAGGUCUACUUAUCUGGGAACAGACUGACAGCUUUCCCGCUGCACCUUUACAAGGAGCCUGGUGGACCUCUAAACCUGACCUUCCUGGAUGUGUCUUUCAACAGGCUCUCCAAAGUGCCUGUUCAGAACCUGUUGUUUCUCACUCGCCGUAGUGGAAUUUAUUUACAGGGAAACCCUUUGGUCUGUGACUGCGCUUUACUCGCCAUGUUGGAGUACUGGCUAUGGAAACAGUACCGCCCACUGCUGGAAUUUAGAAGUGAAUACCCAUGUAAAGAGGGUGGAGAACCUGAGUCAAAUUGUACUGUGUACCAACAGGGUGUUUCAGGUAACUCCCUUGUGACCCAUACUUACCAAGUAAAUCCGGGAGAAUGGCUAAGUGUGCCAUGUCCAGGAUUGGAAUCUCCCACACAGGGGGAAUUGGUAGUGUUCUGGAUCACACCAAGAGAAGUGGUGAAUUCAUCUGCCAAUGGAACAAGCAGUCACAUCCAAGUCCUCCCUAAUGGCACCCUUGAAAUCCAAAAAGCACUUGUGGAGGAUUCUGGUACAUACUGGUGUGUGGCAGCCCGCAAUUGGAACUAUGACCCCAAGAAGUCUCCUGAGGUCCGAGUGAUUGUCGGGAACUUUACCCCUGCUUCCGUCAGUGGCUUGGCAUAUGGCAGCGGUGGGGAGCACUUCAACACGGCGUUCACCACGUUGGCUUCCUGUGUGGCCAGCAUUGUACUUGUGCUACUAUACCUCUACCUCACUCCAUGUCGAUGCUGGGAAAGCAGAGGCGGGGCAUCAAGAGGGUGUGGUGAACGAGCCAUUGCCCUGUGUUCAGAUCCCAGGGAGGUAGAACCAGCUCAGCGGAGAUCAAAGAGGGUGGCUUUCUUGGAACCUCAAGUGGAUGACUUGAACAUUAGCAACCAAAAAACGCCCAUGAUUAACCUGGGUCACGUUACCACUGAGGGAAUUCUCAAAAAUGGAUGUAGAACAGUGGGACAGAACUUCACAGACCCUGCUCACAUGGGAUAACAAGAAACAAACACCUGUUCACCAUCUUAUAUUCUUAGACUCUGAGCCUGAGCAUGUUGUUUUUGUCUUGGUUU